AUGCAAGUCGUCAGUAAGAUUGCCGCUCUGGCAGCUCUCGCCGCCACCGUUGAUGCUCACUUUAUCCAGUCCGUUCUGGUCUUCACACGCCAUGGCGACCGCACGUCGAAGUUCUACAAAGGUUACGAAAUGACAGCGCUGGGCGCCCAACAAGUCUACCAGUCUGGCCAAUUCUAUCGCGAGCGUUACUUGACCGACAGCAACACGACCCACGGCCACAGCCACCCAAUCCGGGGUAUCUCCCGCAGUGAAGCAGUCGCUUCACAGAUCUGGGCCUCCGCUCCUGACCAGCACGUCCUCUACCAAACAGCAACGAACUUCCUACAGGGACUCUACCCGCCCAUCGACGAAGCAGAGGAACUCAACAACGGCUCGUCCAUCACCGGACCCCUUGCCGGCUACCAAUACAUCCUCAUCCACGGCGAAGACGCCUCAUCCCCAGACACGAUCUGGCUGAAAGGCGACGACGAAUGCCCCAACUACGACGCCGCGUCCAAAUCCUACAAGCAAUCCGCCGAGUAUGCCGCCACCCUAGCCUCUUCCGCCGACUUCUACGCCCAAUUUAUCCCUCAACUCGGCAGCAUCAUGGCGGACGCCAAUGUAAGCUACGCCAAAGCCUACGACGUCUUCGACCUCAUCAACGCGUUCUCAGUCAGCGAGGACAACCUCGACCAGCUGCGCUACUAUGCCGACGAGUGGGAAUGGAACUCCAACUUCAACGCCUCCCAGCCGGAUCGCUCGAUUGGUGGGAAGGCGCUCGCGGGUGGCAUCCUGCGGCAGCUGCAAGCUGUUGUGCAGGGAAAGGGAAAGACGAAGUUCAGUCUCAUGGCCGGAUCAUACGACACGUUCCUUUCAUUCUUCGGACUCGCAGACCUGCAGUCCGCGUCGCCUGACUUCAUGGGUUUGCCUGCGUACGCGUCGAGUAUGGCAUUCGAGCUGUUCACCGAGAACUCGGCGGUCUUUGACGAAGAGGAUCUGUACGUCCGCUUUCAUUUCCGCAAUGGCACCGAGUCGGACAAGGAGUUGGAGGCGUAUCCGUUGUUCGGUAGCAAUACAAUGGACAUGCCGUGGAGCUACUUUGUGGCGGCGAUGGGCGACCGGGCCAUUACGACUGUAGCAGAUUGGUGUGUGGCUUGCGGGAGCGAGGCUGGGUUUUGCGUUGCGGCGAAUGCUACAGCUGAUGCGGAGAGUGAGUCGUCUGUGUCUGGGCAAGGUGCCUCUGGGUCUGGUGGGUUGAGUAAUGCUGCCGCGGGUGGCAUCGGGGCGGCUGUAGCGCUUGCUGUGGUGGGGCUUGUUGGAGCGGCGGUAUGGUUGGCCAAGCGCAGGCGUGGUGGACGGGAUUUCGGGGUAGCGCCGGCUGGGGACGUGGAGACAAAGAGGGUCAGUCUCAGUGAGUCGGGGAGUGAUCGAGGUGUUUGA